GAACUUUCAGGCACUGCGGGGACGCCUUCCCCAGCGCCCGAUUUGUUGUGGCGCGGAGGCGCGCACGUCGUCCAGCUCCUAGGCCGCAGAGGGGGCGGGGCGGGACGUCAGGGGAGUGCGCACGCAGCCGACCCGCGGUGCGCGCGCAGGUCCGUGUGUUGGUCGGGGGCGCGCUCGGGUAACCUGUACCCCACGUAGUCGCCGGUUACCGAUCGGACUAAGUUCCAGUGGCAAUUUGCAAGUCAAGUUAAAAUGUCCCCAGAAGUGGCCUUGAACCGAAUUUCUCCAAUGCUCUCCCAGUUCAUAUCUAAUGUGGUUCGGAAUGGAAAAGUGGGAUUGGAUGCUACAAACUGUUUGAGGAUAACUGACUUGAAGUCUGGCUGUACAUCAUUGACUCCUGGACCCAACUGUGACAGAUUUAAACUGCAUAUACCAUAUGCUGGAGAGACAUUGAAAUGGGAUAUAAUUUUCAACGCCCAAUACCCAGAGCUUCCCCCCGAUUUUAUCUUCGGAGAGGAUGCCGAAUUCCUGCCAGACCCUUCAUCUCUGCACAAUCUUGCCUCCUGGAAUCCUUCAAAUCCAGAAUGUCUCUUACUUGUGGUGAAGGAACUUGUGCAACAAUAUCACCAGUUUCAAUGCAGUCGCCUCCGUGAGAGCUCCCGCCUCAUGUUUGAAUAUCAGACGUUACUAGAAGAGCCACAGUAUGGAGAGAACAUGGAAAUUUAUGCUGGGAAAAAAAACAACUGGACUGGUGAGUUUUCAGCUCGUUUUCUUUUGAAGUUGCCAGUGGAUUUCAGCAAUAUCCCCACAUACCUUCUCAAGGAUGCAAAUGAAGAUCCUGGAGAAGAUGUGGCUCUGUUGUCUGUUAGUUUUGAGGACACUGAAGCUACUCAGGUGUACCCCAAGCUGUACUUGUCACCCCGAAUUGAACAUGCGUUGGGAGGCUCCUCAGCUCUUCAUAUCCCAGCUUUCCCAGGAGGAGGAUGUCUCAUUGAUUAUGUUCCUCAAGUAUGCCACCUGCUCACCAACAAGGUGCAGUAUGUGAUUCAAGGAUAUCACAAAAGGAGAGAGUAUAUCGCCGCUUUCCUCAGCCACUUUGGCACAGGUGUCGUGGAAUAUGAUGCAGAAGGCUUUACAAAACUCACUCUGCUGCUGAUGUGGAAAGAUUUUUGCUUCCUUGUACACAUUGACCUGCCCUUGUUUUUCCCUCGAGACCAGCCAACUCUCACAUUUCAGUCCGUCUAUCAUUUUACCAACAGUGGACAACUUUACUCCCAGACCCAGAAAAAUUAUCCAUAUAGCCCCAGAUGGGAUGGCAAUGAAAUGGCCAAAAGAGCAAAAAGAGAGAAAAACCGAGAUGGGGAGGAAUCCAGAGCUGCCUGACAUCCAGGCAUCCUCUCCAAAUUGCGUAGGGCUUAUUUCAAAACCUUUGUCCCUCAGUUCCAGGAGGCGGCAUUUGCCAAUGGAAAGCUCUAGGAAACACCAGUCUGAGAGAUGGCCAGACAGUCUGCUCUGUCCACAUGCGUGUCAGCACACACAGCUGCUUCCUGGAAGCCACUUGGAAGGUCUUUAUGGUGGCUCUUUGUUCACACAGCAGCUUGGCGCACCCAAGACAGUCCCAUGUCUGGCUGGCAGUAACUCCAAUCCUAGAGCCCUCACCUCUGAUUGCUUCUUCUUUCUUUCUUUCAUUAUAUUUUUUAGUUAGAAGAAAUAAAAUCACAUAUGAUGCAGUAUUUUUCCAUGGAAAGCAAGACAUCUUAACGAACACACCCGUAUUCCAAAGCCCUCUGUCUCCGAGAUCUUGUUUAAAUUUUAAGAUUAAA